AAAAUCCUAUGAGAUUUGUUUGAAACAAACAUUCAGAUUUCCUUCGUCGAACUUUCAGUUGAAUUCAAACACGGUGAAUUUGUUUGAUCACCACUAUUAUUGAAUUAUUUCCAUCAUUACGACACCUUGUGGUGUCGGUAUAAACUUGUAGCCUGGGCUAAUCGUAAUCGAGCGUUUCAUGUAAAACACAGGUGAUACUUGUUCGAUCACCACUAUUAUUGAAACAUUUCAUUGCUACGACACCUUGCGGUGUUGGUAUUAACUUGUAGCUUGUGCUAAUCACGAUCAGUCCUCUCAUGCGAAACUGUAUAUGCUCUUCGUUUGACACAUCAUUUAAGUAGUCUUAAUGCAACUAUGUAUUAAUACGAUGAUACACCAGGUUCGGUUGUAUUUCAUUUCGGUGUAUCCUUGCAACUCAACAAUGUCAACCCGUUGAUUUCAUCUUAUUCAUUUAUUGGUUCGAUAAUUAACAAAUCACUUUCAUGAUACUAUCCAUGUGAGCUUGUUGAUUCAAGUUUCAAUCAUUCAACAACCAAUGCCAGUUUCCGAUUGGUAGUAAAUUCUAUUGUUUCAAAAAUUGAAUUGCAAUUAGUGAACGUUCAUUUGGAAUUCUGUUGGUCGAAAUUCCUCUUUGUUGAUCCCCGUAAACUUAGUUACAUUGGUGAUAGUAUCACAACACUUCGUUCACUUGACUUCGAUUUCUGGAACAAACUCAGCUGAACCGUUGGGUUCUUAGUGAUGCAAAAUGUCCUCACAUUCACGUAAUUUGAAUAAGUCUUACUUUGAUUACGCGUUUAUUCACCUUGGCAUUGUUCGGACUUACCUGCGAACGACACAACUCUGAGGAGACAACAUGGACUAAAUUUCGAGGACGAAAUUUCUGUAACAGGGGGAGAAUGUGACAACUGGUAAUUAACGGCCUCUAGUUACGCGAUUAACAAAUGUUUAAGCCGAUAAUAAAUAGCGUUUAAGGCACAAAUUAACUUAGUUAGGCUUUUGGAAUGCCUAGGAACGCCUAUCUGACGCUACAGAGCGCGUAUGGUAAUCUUUGGGAGAUCUGCUGAGCGUUAAACGAUAACAAACUGACACCGAACGAAAUGCGGACAACGCCAACAAGUACGAAGUUUAUACAUAUAACAUAUACUUAUGGAUUAUGUUUUGCGAAAAUAUUAUGCUUUCGAACGACACAAAACGCAAACAUGAAUGAAAAAAACGAGGAAACAGUAACGCACCGACAAUCAACGACGAAACGAAGCACCGGACUCGAAUUUCUGUCUCGAUAUUAAUAUAUUAUGAUAUAUUUAGCUUCGUUUUUAAAUUUUAUUUCCCGUAGUUGAAAACGGAUCGAAAAACGGGUUAGAAACGACAGAGAAACAAGUUACGCGUUUUAAUGCGACGAUGAUCAUAUGCGUCAAAUAUCGACAUCCGAUGUGAAUUUUUAGGCGUUUCGUCUCUAAGAUUAUAUUUUAUGGCGUUAUACGAUAAUCGGGUUCGAAAACGGACUUUGGAUUUUUAUUAGGCCGCUUAAAACUCGCUAACGGGCCUUGGGCCCAACCUACUUGAUAAAAAAAAACCUAGGUAUAAAAACUAAAGUUAUAAAAACUCUCCUCAUUUGAAACCCUAGGUAACAAAUGCGCACACCAGACCCCUCUUCCAACUUUCUCUGCAUCUCCUUCUUCUUUGAUGAAACCCUAUCUUUCUCAUUUUCUACAAGACACACACAACAUCAAUCCUGUUAUCUCUCUCGACUGAUCAUACAUAAAGCACAGACAUAAUAUAUGGUUGAUGUCUCUUCUGGAAACCUUAUCAACAUCACCAACACAACCCCCCCCUUUUCUUCUCCGGUCGGUCGACACCCACAGCCCCCUAAACCACCCCGCAACCCCUCUGUUGCUCGAUACUAAACGGCCGGCCACCACCAUUCGGUGGUGGCGUGCAGCAGCACCAACGCAGGGAACAAAGAGAGAGAAAGGAGGCCGGCGAUGAGCUGGCAAAAGUUACCAGCGCCGCCGCUACGGCGAUGGUGAUGUGAUGAAGAUGAUAUUGAUGUCAACGGAGGUGGUGGGGUUUGGGUGGUGUCACAGCGACGACAACAAUCAACACGGGCCCUGCUCCGAUGUCGGUGAUGACGACGGUAAUCAGGUGGCUCCGACCAAAACUCUGGUAAGUUUUUGUCUUCUAGAUCUUCCUCAUCUCAGUUCGAUAAAAAGCACAUGAUUCAAGUUGUUGAGUUGCGAGUCUCGGCUCAGUUAUGAUGGCAGGGGUGUAAGGAAGCACAUGAUUCAAGUUCGGUUCGAUAAGAAGCAGGGUGGUGGCUCGGUUCAGUCUUGACUCGGGUCAACACCGGGUCAACUCGGUCAAUGCUGGUCAACUCAGGUCAACGACUCGGGUCAACACAGUCAAACUCGGCCAGCAAGAGUCAAACCACAGACAUGAGUAAUUCGGUUCGGUUUUCGGUGUUCAGUCAAAACUAGGCAACCUCAGAUUCGACUUGGUCAACACCGGGUCAACUCAGUCAAUGCUGGUCAACUCAGGUCAACGAUUCGAGUCAACCGGUCAAACAGGUCAACGACAGUCAACACGAAGGACCCGGAAUGCUUUAGUUGCACGCUAGCGAGUUCACAUUAUUGGAAUGGCAUCAUGAAACCACGUUAAGCUAGCUUCGCACAGGAAUGUCAAGGGAUGGAUUCCUCCGAUGAUGAGAUUGAGCAUAUGGAGGCUGAGGGAGAGGUGGGGGACGAGGGAGAGCCGACAUGUUCGUACCUGCAGUUUCCGCAGGGGUCACGGGCGAGGGGGAGAUGCGCUAGGUUGCGCACCAUACAGAUUGCGGAGCAGCUAGGGAUAGACUGGGAGCUGCUGGAUACCGUGGGAGAGGUCGCGCGGGCGCGUGAUAUAGUUGGACUAGAUACUCCUUGGUCGCGCCUAUUUGAGUUAGCGGUGAAGGACUCGUACCCUGAGCUUACGGUCGAGUUUCUUUCUACGUUUACAUACGCGCCGCAUCCGGCGGAUUACGUGGAGGACCCGGAUUUUCCAGUCCACGAGGUUACAUUCUGUCUCGCCGGUCAGGAGUUUCAGAUGAGUGUGCGGGAGUUUGCUGUCAUUACAGGUUUGUACACAGAGCCUGAGCUUGAUACUGAUUUAUAUACGCAGGCGGUUAGGAUGAUGGACAGGCAGACGCUUAUCAGUUUCUGGAGGGCUAUUUCCAGGGUUCCCUUUGGGAAAUCCUUGCAAAAGCCCACCACCAUUAGAGACCCCUUGUACCGAUACCUGCACCAUGUUAUCGCGUCCACUAUCGUGCCGCGGGGUUCCAGCAAGGAGAAGGUCAACCUCAGUGACCUUUUCUUUCUAUACUGCCUACUGCGCCGCCAGCCCUGCGGUCUAGCAGCCUGCCUGGCAGAUUACUUUGCCACAGCAUACCACCGGCAGCUCCGCGGGCAGCUGCACACUAGCUCAUACAUCACGGCCAUUGCACGCUCGCUAGGGAUCGUGCCCAAGCAUGAUCCGCUGCUGUCCGAUCCGAUCCCGUCAUCCAGGUUGGGCUGCGCGUCAGUAUCGAGCAUGCAGAUCACCGGUACCUUUGAUGUUGGUCUGAGGUUCAAGGGUCGUGACGGGCUGACUUGGCAGCCGGAGGUGUUGCCGGAGGUCAUCCCGGUUGUUAUUGAGGUGAGGCCUAGAGUGUUAGCCCCUCCUCAUGUUCAGGAGGCCGCUCGGCAGGCUCAGCUACAGGCUCUGGGCCUCGAUCAGCCUAAGGACGAGGCUCAGGCUCAGGCUCAGGCUCAGGCUCAGGCUCAGCCUGUAUUCGAGGAUCCGGCUCAGGAGGAGCAGGUCGAGGAGAUCCCGGUACCACCAGUUCAGCCAGCUCCUGAGCCGCCACACUACCCGCAGCAUGUUUACGCUGACCUGCCUCCGGCAGCGCGUGAGGUGGCUUGGGACUUCGACCGGCGCCUCAGACGUCAGGGCGCACGCAUUGACUGGAUCGUCCAGACGCUCGUUGAUCUACGAGAGCUCGCUGCGUUGCCUCCACUUCCCCUCCCACCGUCCCCACCGCACGAGGAUUAGUACCUUACUUUGUUUGUUUAGUGUUUUGUUAUGUAUUAUGUAC